AUGGCCAAGGCGAAGGUGAUCGAGGACCAUACCGGCGACCCGAUCCCCGAGGACGCCAUGCAGGUUCGCGAGCUCAACGUGGAUGAAGAAGGAGAACGGCGGGGUGUGCCAAGGCCACGCCUGGAGCCAGUGCCGGUCCCUCUUAUACCGGUAGACGCGCCUGGGGAAACGCCGCAGCAAGAAGUACCUGAACCUCCUGUACUACUACCUCCUGUCAACAACAACGAAGGCCAGGCGACGGACGCAGGCCAGAGGCCGAGGCAGGUCACGCCCUCUUCUGAGCCCGAGCGUGAAGUCGCGCCACAGACCUCAGACGGCGUGCCCGAGAACAACGGCGACAGACCACAGGCACCACAACCUCCUUCAAGCUCGACUGCGGAUCCCUUUUCGCAGCGACUCAGGGCGGCGAUGGAAUCGGCAUAUCGGAAUGAUGUGCUGGACGAUGCGCUACCGAAACGGCGGGCAAGAGUGACUUCUGGUGAAGGUGCAGGGCCUGUUCGAGACAAGGAGGACCAGACCGUGAGCCCGUACUUUGCUCAGGACGACUACAUGGGCGACGACGGUCUGGACGAACUGGCUGCUAAGUGGAGAAAGGAGGCGGCACCGAAACCAUGCCGCGAUCACUGGGAGCUACUCCUCGGAGCUGGGACACUGCGACGACACCACGUGAAGUGGAGGACACAUCCCUUCUCGCCAUGGGAAGGAGCACGCAUGCCCGUGGACAUUCGAGAUCGCGGCUCCACCAGGACAGUUGUUCGCUGUUACAAGUCCGGCGAUCAAGAUGAGGAGGAAGAUGACUGGAAGGCGACCAGGCCUUCUAGGAAGGCAGCUUCUAAGUGGAAGGGCUACACCGACUUCUACCUCACCAAGGCCGCGGUGAAACGACUGGAGGACGUCAACGGCAAGGACCCUGAGCACUACCACAUCGAGAUCCAGACGGCCGAUGUCUUCAAGAUGGCCACCGACGAGGUGAACGAAAGGUCCAUCAGCCCAGAAGAGUGGGAAGGAUGGAAGCAGACCGACGCAGAGGAAUGGGCGAAGCUACAGGCCAGCGGCGCGGUGAAGGUGCUCAGCGUAGAGGACUCCAAGAAGGUCAUCGAUCAGCUGACCCGAGAAGGCCGACAAAACAGGAUCCUCAGCUCAAGAAUGGUGCGAAGGCACAAGCCCUCAGAACAGCCAGGCGAGCCGUCCAAGCGGAAGAGCAGGCUCGUCAUCAGGGGCUUUGAAGAUCCGGAUGCGCACCGUCUAGAUCGCUCGUGUGGAGACCUGAAACAAGCCUUCACGCAGUCCGAUCCACUCCAGAGAAAAGCCGGAAAGAUCUACAUGUGGCAGCCUUCCUCUGGUUUGCCUGGACUGGAAGCUAACCAGAUAAUAGAGGUCCUGCAUGGAGUCUAUGGACUCAUUGACGCGCCUCUUCAUUGGCGCCGGACCCUGAAAACCUACCUCACCGAGGAGCUGGAGUACAAGCAGAGUCGCCUCGACCCGUGCGUCUUCGUCCUGUACCACAAGGGCAAGCUGAACGGAGUGAUCGUCGUGGAGAUCGACGACCUGCUUUGCUUUGGCCUCGACGAGCACGAAAGGCGGCUACAAAAGCUUCGGCAAAGGUUCGCUUUCGGGAAAUUCCACCGACUUCAGGAAAUGCCACAGGGCACGGCCUUUAACGGCCGACGCAUCCGACAGCAGUCAGACUACAGCCUGAAGGUCGAUAUGUGCAAAUUCGUCACAGAACGCUUGAGCCAAGUCUUCCUUGAAAAGGGCCGGCGUUCGCAACCGGAUGCAGAAGCUUCUCCGAAGGAGAGGCAGGAUACCAGGGCCGCCAUAGGAUCUCUGGCCUGGGCUGCUAAGGAAGGAAGACCAGACGCAGCCUCUGGAGCAAGCAUCCUUGCAAGUCGGAUGGCUAAGCUCAAGGUCCGGGAUGUGGUUGCGCUGAACAAGGUGAUCCAGGAAGUCCGCUCAAAGCCCGAGCUCACCCUCACGUACCACAGCGUGCCUCUGGAACGACUUCGUUUCGGAGUUGCAACGGACGCUUCCUUCGACAACUACGACGACGGCUCCUCACAGGGAGCUGUGGGUGUCUUGGCUUACGACGUUGCCUUGACUGAAGGCGAGACGGCCAAGUGCUCUCUACUCUGGUGGAAGAGCGCAAAGCUUCGUCGAAAAGUUCCUUCGACUCUGGCGGCUGAGACGCAGGCGCUGAACAGGGGACUUGGCGAGCUACUGUGGACGAAGGCUCUCUGGGAAAACCUCCUGGACCCGAACUUCGACCUCCAAAAGUACAUGGCGUCGAUCAAGGACCAGUCGGACGUGGUCUUGCAGCGAGCCGACUGCGACCAAAAGCUGAGGGAGAGCCUGAGCAUCGUAGACGCUAAAAGCGUCUAUGAUAAUGUGAUCAAAGACGGUGCACAAGCGGCCGAUAAAUACACGGCCCUAGAGGUAGCGAUCGCUCGAGAGCGGUCCGACGGUCUGGGAGUUCAGAUCCGAUGGGUCGAGCACCAGGCAAUGGUUGUGGAUGCUCUGACGAAGGUCGGAGCAAAUCCUCAAGCUCUUUAUCGUCUUUUAGACACGGGGCACUUUCGAAUUACUGCAGAAGAGCAACAGAUGGUCGAGCGUGCAGAACUGCGUGCUAUCGGCCGAGUGAAGCCCCGCUGA